AUGUCUAUGGGCAGCAGUCGCUUCACUAUUCCGGCGAGACCAACACCAGAACCUGGACGCGAAUUCAAAUUGGUUGCGAGAACGCAAGCAGAAGAAGAUGCCUACGAUAUUAGAGCGAACAGACAAAUGCCUAAGCCAUCGGGGUUGAUUGGAUCAAUAGCCCAUUUAGUGAAGGGUGCAUUGGGUGGGGGUAUUCUGAGUGGGCAUGUGGCGUGGAUGACUGCAGGACUGUGGGUGGCCGUGCCCGUUUCACUGGUCUGCGGAAUCUAUAUGUUCUACUGCCUCUAUAUAUUAGUGAAGUCGGCACAGAUAUUGUAUAAAAGGACUAGAGUUCCGGUUAUGACAUACCCGGACGUCGGAGAAGCUGCUUGUGCAUGCCACUCAAAUCCAUCGGUCAGCAAAUAUUCCAAGACGUUUAGGUACAUGAUAGACGCCAUGAUAUGCAUUGAUUUAUUUGGAGCUUGUGCCACUUAUCAGAUUAUUAUAGCAAAAUCAUUAAAACAAUUGGUGGAAAAUUCACAAACAACAUCAAUGGAAGGCUUAAAUGGACUGCCUGGAUUGCGAGUCUACUUGGCUGGUUUGGUGCCAUUUGUGAUACUUAUUUGCUUAAUCAGACAUCUGAAGUGGCUUGCGCCAUUAUCAAUCGUCGCUAACAUGGUUGUAUUGUUUUGUAUUAUAGUCGCAGUAUACUAUGCUUUCGAUAAUAACCCAACAUUAACGGGCAUGGUUCCUUAUACAUCGUUUUAUAACUUUUUUGAAUUCAUCGGUAUGGCUGUGUUCAGUAUGUCUUGUGCCGCUGUCAUUAUUCCUAUCGAGAAUAAUAUGAAGGAUCCGUCUAAAUACCACAUCGCUUUAUCUAUUGGAAUGUCGCUUAUUAUAACCUGUGUGUUUUGCGUCUCUUUCUUUGGAUAUGCCGGCUAUUUGGACAAGUGUGAAUCGCCAAUCACGGUCAACUUUCCGCUGAACACGCUAGGAAAAGCAUUGAAAGCUUGUAUAAUGGUUAUGAUAUAUGUGACACAUGCCCUCAAUUAUUGGGUACCAUUUUCGACAGUAUUCUAUUACAUGAAGAGGAAAUUGGAUCCUAACAAACAUGUCAUGUGGGAGUUUGUUUUUAGAGCUGUUUUCGUUGCACUUAUAGGCUUGGUUGCUAUAAUAUUUCCUACCAUUACUGCCUUAAUGGGUUUCCUCGGCGCAUUCUGUUUGUCAAAUCUUGCAUUUAUAUAUCCCAAUGUGAUUUAUCUACUGGUGCAUUGGGAGCGACCGGGACUUGGACCGUUCAGAUGGAGGUUAUGGGUAUCCUGUAUAAUGAUUUUAGUUGGGGUCUUCUUCUGUAUAUGUGGAAGCUUCGUUAGCGGAGUCCAGCUAAUAUCAAUCGCCCUUAAUCCUGGCAAAAGGUCUGAUAUAUGA